AUGGGAAUUGAUGCAACGAAUGCUACUACCUACAUUGUGGCCCGAUGGCCUUUUAUGUUGUGUUCUGCACGCUCUGGUGAUGCCGAGAAGCUUGCUCAAGACGCUCCCGAUUUAAGGCUAUGGGCACUGGUCAGAGCACAACACAUGGGCCCUUCUACGGUGGAGUCCUCAGGGAAGGACAAGGGAGGCAAGGAGAAGGCCAAGCCAGCGACAGCAACUGCAGCAGCUUCUCCUGCUGAGGCCAAGCCGCCAGAUCGCCCUCCGGGGUUUAUAGAGAUGAAGCCGUUUCAGAGGCUGCCUAAGGAGGUGCUGCACAACCACUGCCAGAAGCAUAAGAUGCCGAAGCCGCAGUACGAGCAGCGUAAGGCUCCCAAGGGGUUUUUCAAAACCGAGUGUAUCUUGAGCAAUCCAAAAGAUAGUUCAAAGACAAUGAGGUUUCUUACGAAUGAAGAAUUCCCCUUUAAAAGCCACAGUGAAAAUUUCAGUGCUUUGUUAGCCCUCUUUCAUUUAGAGCCUUCUAGACCUUAUGAGAAGCUUUUUCCUUCUCCUUUUAGGGAGGCGUGGCUGUCUCUGUCUGGGGAGACGCCGCAGCAGCAGCAGCAGCAACAAGCAGCAGCAGCAGCAGGAGCGGGGCCGAAGAAACCAAGCGCCAAGGCCAAGGCAGCAAAGGGCGCCGCCAACUCACAGUCUGCUGCGUCGACAAAGGCUGCUGCACCUGCUGCUGACUCGAGCAACAACGGGUUAUCAGCAGCAGGAGCUGGAGAAGCAGCAGCAGCAGCAGCAGCAGGAACAGCAGCAGCAGCGUCCAAGCCAAGUGGGUUGGGGCCCCCUUCAGGGGCCCCUCUGGGCGUUUCUGAUGCAUCUCCUUCUAACGAAGCCUCUGGGGCCCCCACUGGGGCCCCCUUCUGUGUGCAAAUAAGCAGUGCGCACCGCUACGCGUCUGUAUUUGAAAAGCAGCAGGCAGAUGAGAGUAAAAGAUUAGAAAAGGUGAAGCGAGAGAAGGAAAAAGAAUUACAGAGACUCGAAGAAGAGGCCCAAAUGCCAACAGUCUUCAUGGCUGAACUUGUCCGCAAAAAAACAGCGCAGACUCUCAGAGAGCUGCUGCCGCACGUUGUUGCCGCUCGCUGCGACCCUGCUGCUCCUGCUCGCGGCAGCACCGGGGAGGAGACACUGCUUCUUCCGUUGCAGUGGACAGACACCAAGUGGAUUGGGGCAGUCAGUUGGGCGCUGCGAAGACAGCUGAAUUCCCAGCGAGGUGUAGGGACAGUGAAGGCUGGCCUUUUGAAGGACCUCACGGGGCCUCUGCAAUUUGAAAAGGCAGGGGCUACUGCUGCUGUCGAAGCUGCUGUUGCUGCGCUCCUUAGCGUGCAACCGCAGCAGCAGCAACACCAGCAGCAGCAGCAGCAGCACAAGCAGCAGCAGCAGACGGAAGCAAGUGCCUUGCAGCAGCUGCUAGAGAGCUGCCAAGAUUUCAUUGCUCUCAACACCACAGAUGAAGGACUGCUGCCUCCUCACUUCUCUCCUGCAGGGAAGCAAAUCGAAAUUCGGUGUCAGUCAGCGUCUUCGCCGCAGCAGCAGGAGCAGAAGGAGCAGCAGCAGCAGCAGCAGCAGCAGCAGCAGGAGCAGGAUGAGAAGAGCACUCAGCAGGCCAUGCACGACGCAAGGAAAAGGUUCUCGACUGCCCUAAAAGCAAUCAUUUGUAUAAACUCCGAGGAGGCCCCUAUGGAGAGUCUGCUGUCUCUCUCAGGGGCCCUGAAUUCUCUCUGCACAAACACAGGGCUGCAUGCGGUUGCUGCUGACGUCCUGGAGCAGCAGCAGCAGCAGCAGAAGCAGGGAAGGACAGCAGCAGAAGCAGCAGCAGCAGCGGCAGGUGCUCUUUCUGAUGCCUGUGCAGCAGUUGCAGCAGCAGCAGCAGCAAUCGUGGGUGCAUGCGAAGAUAAGGAACGAAGUGAUUUACUUAAGAGAUUAGGGGGCCCCAAACUUUUCGCUGAUGCAGCGGUUGUUCAGCGCGUUAACGCAAUCCAGGAGCAGGAGCUGGAGGCUGCAGCGAGUCUCCUAGAGUGUGUACCUCAACAGCUUUGCUUCUCUACUGUUGGGGUUGAUUGCUGCUCCGCUGAUAAGCCAUCAACUGCUGUAGAGGGGUUUUACUUGCAAGUGCCUCUCGAUGCUUCAACAGUAUCAUCUCUAGAGAGCUGCCUUAAGGCCUCCUUUGCUGCGGAUUGCAUGCAGCGGGGGGCCCCCAAACUGUCUCCUUCCAGCUCAUCAAACCUCUUCCUGCAUAUUCUGUCCCCUCCGGGGUCUCUUUAUCCUUUCGAUCCCCCUGUCGCCUGGGUGGGGGUUGGGGGGGGCUCUCAAAGAGGGGCCCCUCCAGGGGGGGCACCUUCAGGGGCCCCAAUGGAAGAGGAAGUGUCUCCUUUUGGCGCUGCUGUGGGGGCAAUGUUGUGUGGGGCGUUUGCUGCACAUAAUGCAGUGCGGCUGUCUCGUCCUCUUCAGCAGCUGCGUGGAGGUGUGGCUGGUGGAGAGGGGGAGGGGCCCCUGGGGGGCCCCCCGUUGUCUGGGCCGCCUCCUGUCUCCAAACUACUUAGCGUGCUUUCGUCUUCUGCAUGCGAGACCACUGUUUCUGAAAUCGAUGCGCUGCUGCAUGCAGCCUGGCAGCUGGAGGCACAUUUUGAUGAUCUCCUCUCAAAGGAAAGCGAGGGGCCCCGGGGAAUGCAUGCAAGAUGGGUAGCCGCGGCGACUACGGGGGCCCCCUCUCUGCCUCCUGCGAUUGGAGCUGCUGCUGGGGUGCAGUAUGCAGCACAAGCAGCAGCAGCAGCAGCAGGAGCAGCAGCAGCGAAGAGGGAGACACCAGAGCGACAGCAGCAACAGGAGACCCCCAACCAGCAGCAAGCGAGAGACAGCCGAGGCAGCCCUCGGUCUCCUGCUGCUGCGGGGGCCCCCAGAGUCUCUGGAGCGAAGGCAGAGGAGGGCCCCAGCAGCAGCAGCAGCAGCAGCAGAAGCCUUUCAGGGCCCCUUCCCUCAAUCAGUAGCACACGAAACGUUAUAUCAGAAAAGGAGACAGAAGUUUGUAGAAAUAUCAUUAAUAGUAUUAAUCAUUCAGCUUCAGCUGAUGCCCUCGGGCUGCCUGUGCGGCAGCACUAUGAUGCAGUGCUGCAAUUUCUAGCAGACCCACACAAAAGGGUUCUUGUACUCCAAGGAGAAACAGGUUCUGGGAAGACAACUCAGCUGCCGCGUAUGUUGCUGGAAGCGGCAGCAGAGCUUGCGCUGCAGCAGCAGACCAGCAGCAGCAGCAACAGCAUCAACAGCAGCAGCAGCAGCAGCAGCAGGGAUCUGUUUCCAGCGUAUAUUGUGUGCACUCAGCCCCGCCGACUUGCUGCUGUCUCUGUAGCUAGCAGAGUUGCUACCGAAAUGGGUGUACCCCUAGGGGGCCUCGUUGGGUAUCAAGUUCGUCUAGAGGCUCGCCUCUCGCAGCAAACGCGGCUGCUCUUCUGUACACACGGAGUUCUUCUAAGGCAGCUUCUGAGUGGAGACGCAUUGGAGAAGGUCUCCGUAGUUGUGGUGGAUGAAGUUCACGAGAGAUGCACAGAAGUGGAUUUGCUGCUGCUAGUCCUUGCUAAGGCCCUCUCAACGAAGAGACACGGCCUUAAGGUGGUGGUAAUGAGCGCCUCGCUGGCUGUGGAGCACUUCGCGUCAUACUUCCGUCGUGAGAGACUUCUCGGACUGCAGGGGCAUUUAAGCGGCCUCAGCAAGCAGCAGCGGGAGCAGCAGCUCUGGCAGCAGCAGCAGCAACUGCUGCGAGAGGAGGGAGGCAGAGGGGACAGCAGCGUCGAGGUCCUAAAGGUCCCUGGACGAACGUUUCCGGUGUCUGUACAUUACCUCGAUGAAGUACUUAAGAUGUGCGACCCUGCGUCUCUUCCUGCUGCUUAUCAAGGUCCAGCAGCAGCAGCAGCAGCAGCAGCAGUGCAGCUGCGCUACAAGGGAAGCAGACCGACAACAGCAAAAACGGAGUGGAGAGAGCAGCAGCAAGACACCUUCGCCUGCUCCGCCGCAGCACCAGCUGAGGAGCAAACUGCAGCAGCAGCAGCAGCAGCAGCAGCAGCAGGCGUACCUGUGGGCUCGCUGCCUCAGCUGCCGCAGUUAGUAGCAGCAGUCGUACGCCACGUACACCUAACGGGUACACCCUGUACAAAGUGUCCCUCAGGAGACACGCGAGCCUCCAGAGGAAGCAGACAGAAACAGCAGCAGCAGCAGCAGCAGCGAGCAGGUACAGCCAUCAUUGUUUUCUGCAGCGGAGUCGGCGAAGUCUCCGCAGUCUGCCGCGCUAUCGAGGAGCUGCAGAUGGACUUGUGGGUUUUACCUUGCCACGCGUCAUUACACCCCAAGCAGCAACAAAAGGUCUUCGCUCCUCCUCCCUCUGGCUGGAGAAAAGUUGUCGUAGCGACCAACAUCGCCGAGACCUCUAUCACCAUCAGCGAUGUGGGGUACGUGGUGGACUGCGGAACGCACAAAGUGCUGCGCUACGACCCCUCAAAGAGAAGCAGCAAACUGCAAGAAGAAUUAAUAACAAAAGCAAAUGCACAACAGAGAAGGGGGAGAGCAGGAAGAGUCUCCGAUGGCUGCUGUCUCCGCCUCUACCUGCAAGAUGAAUUCACUGAUAUGGCCCCAGUGGAGACCCCGGAGCUACACCGCCAGACUCUUGACAAUGUCUGUCUUCAGCUGAAGGCUAUCUUCCCGGGCGAGCCUCUGCACACCCUCUUUAGCCAAUGUCUUGAUCCCCCAGCCCAGGACCACAUAGACGCCUCCAUCAGGCACCUGUCUCACUUGGGCGCUUUGGAGUGUGUGGGGGGCCCUUUAGGGGAGAGUCUGACUUCUUUGGGGCUUUUUCUUUCUCGUUUCCCUAUGAGCAUUGCAUUUGCAAAGAUGCUUAUCUUUGCUGCACCUCUCGGGUGUCUAGAGGAGACACUCGCUCUUUGUUCUCUAAUUGCAUCUGAUACAGAGCUUUACCUCCCAGGAGCAGAGGCAGCAGCAGAAAGACAGAAGUAUUUCGCUCGGAGUCAGUCAGACUUUGUGAGCAGUCUGCGAGUGUUUGCGGGUUGGGAGUCUGCUGUCUCUUCAAGCCGCUCGGCAGAAGAUGCAUUUUGUCUUCGCUUUGGAGUUAAUGCAAACGCAUGCAGAGCAGCAGAAGCUCUAAGAAAGAGAUUUCGAAGGGUAGCAAGAGAGACAGGUCUCCUCGCAAUGAUGCCGCAGGAGAACUCAGACCCAAAGCUCAACAGCAACCCCGAACCAUCAACUCGGAGCCGUAGGCCGAGUCCUCCCGCGACACCAACAACAACAACCAGCAGCAGCAGCAGCAUCAGCAGCAGCAGCAGCAGCAGCAGCGCGGAGGACUGUGGGAGCGACAGCGGGGACGAAGUAAUUCCUCUUCGAGUUGAAGAGGUGUCCCCGCAGUCUUCUCGCUGCCCUGCAAAGACAGAAACAAAAAAUAAAACAAACAAAGACAGCAUUAAAAGCAUCUACUGGCAUAUCAAGGCCUGCGUAGUCGCUGGGCUGUAUCCGCAGGUCGCCACCAUUCAAGCACCAAGAACAUACAUGACAGUGGGUUCAGGGACUUUGGAGAAGGCGCCUGAGGCGUGGCAAAUGAAAUUCUUCACUCGAGUGGAUGCCGAUCCCAACUCCCCACAAGACGAGAAAAGAAGCCCUAAGCAGAAGCUGCAGCGGGUGUUCAUACACCCCACAUCUGUGAACUUCAAGACGUGCGAGUUCGACACGCAGUGGGUGGCCUUCAGUGAGAAGCUGCAGACAACGAAGGUGUUUAUUAAAGAUGUUUCAACUGUCUCCGUCUUUGCACUCCUCCUCCUAUCCUGCUGCGAGCUGGUUCCCUCUCAGGGGCAAGGGACAGUGUGGUUAGACGGGUGGCUGCAGCUGAGAUGCCCUGGGUUAAUAUGCAGCUAUGUGAAGCAUUUAAAGGCUUUAUUUAAUGUCUUUUUAAAUGAGUUCUACUCUCUCGCUGCAUUCUCUCUUAACCAAAGAGAAGCCAAUGCAGCAGACCCCCAGCAGCAGCAGCAGCAGCAGCUGCAGCAGCUGCAACAGGGGACCCUCGACUUUGAUAAGCUUGCAUUGCAUGCGCAUGCAGCAGCGCCCUCACAAAUGAAGUUCGUCUUCUUUGGUGUUCCCGCUGCUCUUCAAAGAAGAAGAAAUCUUACCGCACUUGUGAAGAGGCUCGUGGAGCUCGAAGGACAUCUUAUUUAA